AUGACUUGCUUCAACGCCACUUCCAAGGGUUCCUCAAACGAAUUUCGAAUUGCCUUAUUUGGACCACAAGUGACGAACUGGACACACAAAAGUCUUUCGAGUUUGCAGUUUGCCCUUCUGGAAGACCACAAGCUUGGCUUCCUCAAGCAGACUCUCACAGCAUUACCCUCACUAUGGUCCAUGCUCAAGAAGGACUAUGGCCUUCAUGGCUUUUCAGGCGCCGAGAAGCUGCAAGAACUCCGGGAUUUCGCAAUGGGAGCCAAAGACCUAGACCCUGAGGAUUUGACGAACACUCAAUUAUCGUCGCUCACGGUCGUGUCACAAGUCGUCAAUUUCAUUCGAUUGACCGACGUCUCAGGCACAAAAGAUGGUAUUUUGGGCUUUGAGGCAGCUCAAGGGUUUUGUGUUGGAUUUCUCUCGGCUGCAGCGCUUGCUUCCGCCAACGACUGGACUGAUUUUGAAUGCAACUUUUCCAACGCUGUUCGACUCGCUGCGUGCAUCGGCAUCAUCGUGGAUGCAGAAAGGGCAUCGCGUCCUGCUCAAGAGAGAGCUACGGCCGUCCAUGUUCGCUGGAAAACGGCGGAAGACAGAGCUUUCUUGGAAAUCUGCCUGGAUCUUUUCCCCGGGGCCUACGUAUCCUGCAUAACAGAUGACAGGAGUAUCACGAUCACAUUACCCAGUGGCAGUCAAGCGGCGUUCUGUCUGCGGAUGCGCGAGGCCAAGAUAGCCGCCACCACAAUUGGCCUAAAUGGAUGCUAUCAUCAUUCAAGAAAUGCCGAAGCCGCUGAGAGGCUUCGUCAAAUUUGCGCUAAGAACAGGGAACUUAGGCUGCCUGAUGCAGAAAAGCUGCGCUUGCCCCUGAGAUCUACUGCAGAUGCUCAUAUCAUCAAUACUGGCGCCCUUCAUGAAAUCGCCAUCCAGAUGAUCCUCUGCAAACGAGCCCACUGGUUCCAAACCGUCAAGUCGACGAUGAACGACCUUCCCCAGGGCAAAGUCACAUUUGUGCCUUUGGGCAGCGGACUCUGCGUACCUCAUUCGCUCUCCACCAAGGACAAUCACGCGAACUUUGCUUCGGAUCACGACGACACGACCUCGCUUGAAGAGAUCGCCGUCGUAGGAAUGGCCUGCCGGUUCCCCCGAGCCGAAAAUCUUGAGGAAUUUUGGCAACUUCUGUGGGCAGGAGAAACUGCAAUCGGCAAAGUACCCCCUGAGCGCUUUAACCCGGCCGAACUCAGCCGUGAGCCUAAGCUGGCCAACUUUUGGGGCAACUUCAUUGAUAGCCCUGAUGCUUUUGACCAUAGGUUCUUCGGUAUCUCGGGCCGCGAAGCAAAAUCCAUGGAUCCGCAGCAGCGGCUUGCGUUGCAGGUUGCGUACGAGGCGCUGGAGUCGUCGGGAUACUGCAGCACGCCGCCUACUUCGAUUGAAGCAGAUGUGGGCUGCUAUCUUGGCGUAGGGUCUGUUGACUAUGAGGAAAAUAUUGCCUCUCAUGACGCCAACGCAUUCGCAGCUACGGGCACUUUACGGGCUUUCAUUAGUGGUCGUAUCAGCCACUUCUUCGGAUGGAGCGGGCCAUCUUUAACUUUUGACACAGCUUGUUCUUCAUCUGCGGUUGCUAUACAUACAGCAUGCAAGGUAAGCUAA